AUGGCCCUAUACGGAACCUCUGAUGCUCUGAUGUGCAGGGCGUUCCCCACAACCCUGAGAGGACACGCCUGCAUGUGGUACAACGGCUUGAGGACCAGAACGAUUGCCUCGUUCGACCAGCUCGCCAGAGGCUUCGAGCUCAACUUCCUGACCAGCGCACAACCAAAACCAUUCGUUGCCCUGCUUCUCAAGCUACACCAGAGGGAGGACGAGUCCCUCUCACACUUCGUGAACCGCUUUGCGACACAGAUCCGGGGGUUAGCUGACGCUCAUCCCUCUCUCUUGAUGCAGGCGUUCAUGGCAGGAUUACGUCCUUCCCGGUUCUUCUGGUCUCUCGUGGAGAGACCCCCUACCACGGUUCCUGAGAUGCUUCAGCGGGGAAACCAGUUCGUCGUGGCUGAGGCUUGGAUGGUCGAAAAGCGGGAACGACCCCCGAGGGUGAGGCCAGAACCGGCUCGCGGGCAACAGCCUGUCGCGUCUAGGCGCAGGCCGAACCGAUUCGACCCGCCUGCUUUGGCGCCACCUCUGCCCCCUCUGGGCGCGUCCCGGACGGAGAUAUUUCUCCAGAUAAGGGAGAAAGGGUUACUCAAGGCCCCCGUCCCGAUGAGGAACCCGCAAGAGCUUGCCGACCAGUCCAAGCAUUGCCGCUUUCACAGGCAAAGCGGACACGACACCGAAGACUGUCGCCAACUGAAACGGCAGAUCGAGGAACUUGUCCGCGGGGGUCACCUCAACCGUUACGUCCGACGGAGCAUGGAAUCCUCGCCCCGCUCGGAGGGCCCCGUGGAGCUCCACAUCGAUGUUAUCACUGGGGGACCGGUGGCCGGGGGAACCAGCAUGUUUGGAAGGAAAGCCUACGCCCGUUCCGUCGUGAGCGACGCCGCCCAACACGGCCCCGACCCCGAGGUCGCAUUCUUGCCCGAAGACUCCAAGAAACCAGAGCACGACGAUGCACUGGUAAUAAUGGCUCGGAUCGCCAACGCCCAAGUAAGGAGAGUCAUGAUCGAUACAGGAAGUUCGGCUGACGUGCUCUAUCUGGAUGCCUUUCGGAAGUUGGGGCUCGCCAAAGAAUCCCUGAAGCCUAUUUGCUCGGCGCUCAUAGGGUUCACUAGUGAUUCAAUCUCGCCAUUAGGGACCGUUACCUUGCCCCUAACUUUGGGAGCGCCUCCCAAAGCGAAGACGGUGAUGACCACCUUCUUGGUAGUGGACCUCCCUACUGCUUACAACGCCAUCCUUGGCUGCCCCACCCUCAACAAAAUCAGAGCCGUAGUCUCCACCUAUCAUCAGACGGUGAAGUUCCCUACCCACGCCGGAACGGGGGAAGUUUGGGGGAGCCCCCGAGAGUCCAGACAAUGUUACCUGGCAGCGGUUUCGAUGCGCAAAAGGGUCGACGACAGCCAACCCCUGGAGGACCCGAGGGAAAGGAAGUGGCCUACGCUACACCCGAAGACAACGACAAGCACUAAUGGAAAGAACGGUAUUACUACUACCAAGAAUCGAAUUAGGGCAUACAAGGCCGAAACACUCUCAAAUAAGACUUGGGCUGCCCACCUGUGA